AUGGCUGACGAUGAAUUGGAAGCGCUCAACGCGUUGGAGAAGGAAGCCUCGGAAUUCAACAAGGACGCAGAGAUUGAACGAAUCAGAAAGGCAUUCCCACUAGACGCCUAUGCUGUCCUUGACCUUCAACCGGGAGUCCCCGAAUCAGACAUCAAGUUACAGUAUCGCAAAAAAUCACUUUUGAUCCAUCCCGACAAAACGCGAAACCCUCUCGCUCCAGAUGCAUUUGAUAGGCUCAAGAAGGCACAAACGACUCUACUCGAUGAGCCAGCCCGCGAACGUCUCGACGAGUCCAUCGCCGAUGCUCGGCGACUGCUUAUUCGCCAACACAAAUAUACACUCGACUCGCCAGAGCUGAAGACGGAAGAAUUCAAAGUGGAAUGGCGCAAGAAGACAGUCGAGGUGCUACUGGAAGAGGAAGCGAGGAGGCGGCGGCAGAUGAAAGCGCGCAUGCAAGAAGAAGGUAGGGAGAAGCAGAAGGAAGAGGAUGAAUUGGAGGCUCGCAAGCGCAAGAGAGAUGCCGAAAAGGCUUGGGAGGAUACACGUGAUGAGAGAAUAGGCAGUUGGAGGGACUGGCAGAAAGGAAAACAAAAGGAUAAGGAAGGCGGAAAGAAAAAGAAGAAGAUGAAAGUACUCGGAUAA